AUGGCGGCGGCGGAGCAACAACACGAAGAAGCUUUGGCGAUGGUGAUGCCGCCUAAGCCUCGGCUGGCUCAUGGCUUUAGAUUCCACCCCACCGACCAGGAGUUGGUGCUCUACUUCCUCCGCCGUAAGGUGUUUCAGAUGCCCUUCCGUUUCGAGCCUAUAACGGAAGUCGAUAUCUACAGCUUUGAACCGUGGAAACUUCACGACAAAGGGUUUUGGAAGGCGACAGGGAGGGAUAGAGCGGUGCGCCAUAACUCAGAGAUCGUAGGCAUGAAGAAAACGCUGGUGUAUCAUGAAGGGCGAGCCCCAGCUGGGAGGAGAACCGAUUGGCUAAUGCAUGAAUACAGGCUUACAACAGAAGAGUUGGCCAAAGCUGCCCUACAACAGAAGGAUGCAUAUUUUCUGUGUAAAAUAUACCUGAAAAGUAGGGGCGCAGCCUUCAUGGGAGAAGAUUGGGAGAACGAUGCAGUAGACAGUUUGGUUCCGUUUGAAGAUGCGGCCGCAUAUGCUGAGGAUGAAGAAGAUUCAGAGCUCAACCUUACCAAUGUGUUCAACUUCCAGGGCGGUGUAUCGUCGUCCCAGGCGGUUCAAUUGCCAGAAAAGCCGCAAGGUUUUAGGAGCUUAUUGAGGAUCAGGGAAAGAGAAGAGGAUGAUGAUGAUUAUGAAGAUGAAGACGAAGCAGUGUAUUUAGACAAAGGCAAAAAACCCAAGCUGAUGAUGCUUGAUCUUUUCCCGGGAAUCAAAGGUGGUUCGGACUCCUCCUCAUCCGCAACAAUCUCUGAUCCUCAACCAACUAAGAAGGCGGCGGCGGCGGCAGUGACGGAGUUCUCCUCUGGGCUAUUAAACUUCUCCUUGGCCGCUAUUCAACCCAAUAAGGUGCAGGAAAACCAUGGUAGCAGCGCUUUCAACUCCUCCAGCCUUGAGGACUCACUGCCUCCGGGCUAUUUGAAGUUUAUAAGUGAGUUGGAGGAAGAGAGGGACACCCUCAAGCAUGCAUUGAUGAAUUCAGAAGCCACCUUCAGUUGCCUUCAAGCUGACAAUGACAAGUUGGCUGAGGAAAUUAGCCGCCUGAGGAGUCUUCUUCCCGGCGGCCAAGGAUUAGGGGCGGCGUGUGACAUCGAAUCUGAUCAAUCUGCAAGUUAA